AUGAAGUUUCAAAUGCCGUCAGGCGGAAGCCUCGGACGGACGAAAAACAUCCUCCAUUUCAUACAAGGGUUCAUUAUCUUCAUUGCAUGGGCUAUAACCAUCGCUAUAUGGACCAAAGGAGGUAGCGGCAUCGAUGGACGCACAGGCUGGUACUGGGGUCUGUGCUGGUUGAGUAUCCCCGGCCUGGUGUACUUGGUGGCAGUGCCGAUGUGGCCGCGAGCCCGACGCUUCGGUAACGUCUAUGCCUUCGCUUGUGUCGACAUCCUCUACACGAUUCUUUGGGCCAGUGCUUGGAUCUGUCUCGCUUCCUACGUUGCCGAAGGAAAGUCCAAGGGCGCGAGCAGCGACAACAAGAAGGACACCGCCACAAAGAGAGCCGAGGAGGAAAAGGACACCAAGAAGACCGGAUGCGAUAAUUGGGCAUACGGAGGCGCUACUAAGUGCAAGCUAAGUGAGGCAACUACAAUUAUUGGUGUAUUCAUCUUCAUCCUCUUCGCCAUAACGUCUUGGAUGUCCUUCCGCAACGUGAAGCACUUCCGUCGCACUGGCACUCUGCCCGAUGCAGUCUCCGACCCAACCUUCGCCGCGCAGAGCAAAGCUGCCUUCUCGUCGAACCCAGCCCAUGACUUCGAGGAUGAUGAAGAUAAUUUCCGUUCAGGCCGAGGCGGCGGCAUGGGUGCCUCAUCCCGCGGCGACGAUGAAGACUACGCCCUGCUGCACCAGAGCGAGGUGGAUGACAUAGGCAGUUCGCACGGCCGGACCGCGAUGCAAGGCUCCUAUGAUCCCACCGCUCCCGCUCCCGGAGGCGUCCUCCAUGAUUAUAACAGCACCGGCUACGGUGGUGCACAUGGCCAACACUAUGUGGAGCCAUCUACUCAGUACAAUCCAUCCGACUACACCCCGUCUGAGUACACUGCUCCCGCUGGGUUUAAUGGCUCGUCGCAGCAACACCGACCUUCCAAUCCAAACGCGAGACCUACGGUCUCUCCAACCCCCAAAAUGGCUAGCGAAAUUGAUAUCUACAACCAAUACCCAAUUUAUAUGGACCCCAGCACGAAAGCGCUCUCACUCCCUCCCUCAUCUGGCUCAACACCCUCUCAAACAGCCGCCAUCAAUGCCGAACUCGAAGAACUGAACCAACUACACCGCGCCCUAAUCAGUCUCGACGCACCCAACAUCCCUCCCGCGCCCCUCCCCGUAAACCCCAAGCGCAGCGCACAGAUUACUAAACUCCGCGAUAGCGCCAACGCCGCCUACCGCAAAGCCAACUACGAAGAGGCAAUCAAGCUGUACUCCUACGCCAUUGACAUGGGACUCAGCCGGCCAGGCUGGGAGCCCGUGGGCGUUGCGCGCGAGGAGUUGUCGGGUCUUUAUGCAAACCGCGCGCAGGCGCAUAUGGCUCUGCAAAACUGGGCUGAUGCGCUUGUUGAUGCUAAGGCUAGUGUUGACUCAAAGCCUGUUGGGAAUGUUAAGGCCUGGUGGCGCAUUGCUAAGGCUCUUUCGGAGAUGACUCGUUAUGAGGAGGCGCGCAAGUUCUUGCAUAAGGCGCUUGAUAUUGAAGGGAGGGAUUCGGAGGGUGGGAAGGAGUUGUUUGGGUUGCUUGGGGAGGUUGAGAGGGCUUUGUUGCGGGGACUGUCUGCGUAA